GGGAGCGAGCGGAGCGGCGUCGCCGGAGCCCAGCCGCGCCGCCGGCCCGCCAGCCCGCCCGCCCGCGCUCCAGUCCGCCGUGUCUAGCAGCGGGGCCCAGCAUGGUCAUGGCGGAUGGCCCGAAGCACUUGCAGCGCGGGCCGGUCCGGGUGGGGUUCUACGACAUCGAGGGCACGCUGGGCAAGGGUAACUUCGCUGUGGUGAAGCUGGGGCGGCACCGGAUCACCAAGACGGAGGUGGCGAUAAAAAUAAUUGAUAAAUCUCAGCUGGAUGCAGUGAACCUUGAGAAAAUCUACCGAGAAGUACAAAUAAUGAAAAUGUUAGACCACCCACACAUCAUCAAACUUUAUCAGGUAAUGGAGACCAAAAAUAUGUUGUACCUUGUGACAGAAUAUGCCAAAAAUGGAGAAAUUUUUGACUACCUUGCUAACCAUGGCCGGUUAAAUGAGUCUGAGGCCAGGCGCAAAUUCUGGCAAAUCCUGUCUGCUGUUGAUUAUUGUCAUGGUCGGAAGAUUGUGCACCGUGAUCUCAAAGCUGAAAAUCUCCUGCUGGAUAGCAACAUGAACAUCAAGCUAGCAGAUUUCGGUUUUGGAAAUUUCUUUAAAAGUGGUGAACUGCUGGCAACAUGGUGUGGCAGCCCCCCUUAUGCAGCCCCAGAAGUCUUUGAAGGGCAGCAGUAUGAAGGACCACAGCUGGAUAUUUGGAGCAUGGGAGUUGUUCUUUACGUCCUUGUCUGUGGAGCUCUGCCUUUUGAUGGACCGACUCUUCCAAUUUUGAGGCAGAGAGUUUUAGAGGGAAGAUUCCGGAUUCCGUAUUUCAUGUCAGAAGAUUGUGAGCACCUUAUUCGAAGGAUGUUGGUCCUAGAUCCGUCCAAACGGCUAACUAUAGCUCAAAUCAAGGAGCAUAAAUGGAUGCUCAUAGAAGUUCCUGUACAGAGACCUGUUCUCUAUCCACAAGGGCAAGAAAACGAGCCAUCCAUUGGGGAAUUUAAUGAACAGGUUCUGCGAUUGAUGCACAGCCUUGGAAUAGAUCAGCAAAAAACCAUUGAGUCUUUGCAGAACAAGAGCUAUAACCACUUUGCUGCCAUUUAUUACUUGUUGGUGGAGCGCCUGAAAUCACAUCGGAGCAGUUUUCCUGUGGAGCAGAGACUCGAUGCCCGCCAGCGGCGGCCUAGCACGGUGGCUGAACAAACAGUUGCCAAGGCUCAAACUGUGGGGCUCCCCGUGACCAUUCAUUCACCGAACGUGCGGCUGAUGCGAUCUGCCCUCCUCCCACAGGCGUCCAAUAUGGAGGCCUUUUCAUUCCCGGCAUCCGGCUGCCAGGCAGAAGCAGCAUUUAUGGAAGAAGAGUGUGUCGACACACCAAAGGUAAAUGGCUGUCUGCUGGACCCCGUGCCUCCUGUCCUAGUGAGGAAGGGGUGCCAGUCGUUGCCCAGCAACAUGAUGGAGACCUCCAUCGAUGAGGGGCUGGAGACAGAGGGAGAGGCUGAGGAAGACCCCAGCCAGGCCUUUGAUGCGUUCCAGUCCACACGCAGUGGGCAGAGACGCCACACUCUGUCGGAAGUCACCAACCAGCUAGUCGUGGUGCCUGGUUCAGGGAAAAUUUUCUCCAUGAGUGACAACCCAUCCCUUGACAGUGUGGACUCUGAGUAUGAUAUGGGGUCUGUUCAGAGGGACCUGAACUUUCUGGAAGACAACCCUUCCCUGAAGGACAUCAUGUUAGCCAACCAGCCCUCCCCACGCAUGACAUCUCCCUUCAUCAGUCUGAGACCUGCCAACCCGGCCAUGCAGGCUUUGAGCUCCCAGAAGCGAGAGGCCCACAACAGGUCACCAGUGAGCUUCAGAGAGGGCCGCAGGGCGUCAGAUACCUCCCUCACCCAAGGAAUUGUGGCAUUUAGACAACAUCUUCAGAAUCUGGCUAGAACCAAAGGAAUCCUAGAGUUGAACAAAGUGCAGCUGCUCUACGAACAAAUAGGACCAGAGGCAGACCCUGACUUGGCCCCAGCCACUCCUCAACUCCAGGACCUUGGUGGCAGUUGCCCUCAGGAGGAAGUUCAGCAGCAGAAAACGGUCCCCGCUGUGCCCAACAGUGUGCGUCCUCAGCUUUCGCCACGGCAGAGCCUAGAAGCCCAGUAUCUCCAGCAUAGACUCCAGAAGCCCAGCCUUCUGUCAAAAGCCCAGAACACCUGUCAGCUUUAUUGUAAAGAACCACCACGGAGCCUUGAGCAGCAACUGCAGGAACACAGACUCCAACAGAAGCGCCUCUUCCUGCAGAAGCAGUCUCAGCUGCAGGCGUACUUCAAUCAGAUGCAGAUCGCCGAGAGCUCAUACCCGCCGGGCCAGCAGCUGGCCCUGCCCCGCCAGGAGCCGCCCGCGCCAUCCUCGCCACCACCCCCCCCUUUCAGCCUGGCCCAGUCCCUGAGCCCUGUCCUGGAGCCUACCACCGCCGAGCAGAUGCAGUACAGCCCCUUCCUUGGCCCCUUCCGAGAGCUGCAGCUGCAGCCCCUGCCUCCGGCCCCUGGCCCCCGAGCCCCUCCACUGCCGCCACCGCCCCCACCACCGCCCCCUCCCCAGCAGGCAGGGGCCACCCCGGCACCCCUCCCAUUCUCCUACCAGACUUGUGAGCUGUCUGGGGCAGCAUCCCCUGAGCCAGACUACCCACCUCCCUGCCAGUACCCAAUGGACGGAACCCAACAGGGCAGCCUGGCCACACCGGACUGUCCACAGCGGAGCUCAGGACUGCAGGAGGCCACCUCCAGCUAUGACCCACUCACCCUCUCCGAGUUCCCUGGACUCUUUGAUUGUGAGAUGCUGGAGGCUGUGGACCCACAGCAUGGCGGCUACGUCCUGGUGAAUUAGCGUCGGCACUGGAGUGAGGCAGGUCAAGUGAAGGAAGAAUGGGGAUUUCUAUUUUUAUUCCAGCCUUUUAAAUUUAAAGCUUAUCUUCCUGCCCUCUCCUAAAUGGAGAAAAAUUAAGUUGCCCGACUGGAAUCCAAGGGCCUGGCCAGGCACAUGUCCCUUUCUCCCGGCUCUGUCCACCAGUCUUCUGGGGCAAGUGCUGGAGCAUCAUGGUCGCCGAGGCUCCUGCCCAAACGUCAAGUGGAGCAGGCUCUCACAGGAGGUGGACAGAGCUUUCCACAAGGAGACACCCAGACAUAGGUUUUCUGUAGAACUACACCAAUUCAUUAUUGAGGGAAGCCUCGAUGGAAGCAAAAGAACCAUGUGCUGUUAGAGAUGGGCAAAACAUAGAAACACACUAUAUUUUUCACUGAGGCCAAGCAACAGCACAUUCUGUUAGGCAAGUCAAGAAUAUGUAAUGGAAUCUGAUGCACAGGAAAUAAAGGAAAAUUGUGCUUGGUCACUGAAUCCUAAGUUUGAAGCUGCUGCUGCAGGUUGUCCCCAAGACCACUGCAGAGAAGUGGAACGUGAGCUGUUUCAGGGGCCACUGAGUGACAGCUGGCACUGACCCCUGAGACUGGCAGACAUCUCCACCUGGGAGCAGUGACACCGCCCCCCCCCUCUUCUGCAGGGUCCCUUAGGGCUUCAGCAUCGUCCCCUUUAGAACCACGAGGAGCCCCCGGGAGGGCAGCCCUGGGCCAGGGAAGACGGGCUCUUCCUGCGGAGUCUCCUGCACAGACUGCUGGUCUGGGGCCGCCAGGCUGUAGAGGACCUCGAGUCUCUUUUAAAAUGUUGUAACUACUUUGACUUUACACUCUGUGUUGCUAGUAGUUCAUUGAGCUUUGUAUAUUUGGACAGUUUCGUAUAGGGCUUAGAAAUUUCAAGGACAAGAACAUGAACUUCGAUCUCCCAUGUGAAGUGGUAGUGCUGUGCCUUUUCCCCCAGAUCAUGCUUUAAUUCUUUCUUUUCUGUAGAACCAACAGUUUUCAUUUAUGUCAAUGCUAAAUCCAAAGUCACUUCGGAGUUUGUUUUCCACCAUGUGGGAAUCGCAUUCUUAAUUUCCUUAAAAGUUUUGACUUGCAACGAAACAUUCAAGUAUUACAGCAAUAUUUAAAACCACAAAUGUGUUAACCAUCUAGCAGAUCAUCUGCCAAACACGUUCAAUGACUAGUGAAACGUAACCUUAACCCUUACAGAUUUCUCAUGGGACUAAGUGAGAGCUAGAUGCAACAGCUCAUCAAUCAUAUACCUAGAAGUAACAAGGAACCCGUCGCUUGGACGGCAGCACCCCAGUGUUAGAAACCCAGUGUUACUAACCCAAGACGGUCAUUUCUGUCCUGUAGAAUGGCCUGUCCUAUCAGCAGGUGAACGCGUAAGCACAAAGCAUCACAAAGCACAAAGGAGAGAGACACUACGUUGAUGCUGCAUCUAGACACACCUUUAAGUCGCCUUUCCUGGUUGUAGUAGGUGUCCAGGCAAGUGGGGAGACAUGCGCACAGCCCUCCAGUGUCGGUGCCUGGAACAGCCCCCCAGCGCUGGGGUGAGCGUCUGGGCAUUAGUGAGAGGGGGUGCUGUGGAGGACUGUCGUUUCUGUGAUUUUACAACUCCUGAAAAUGUAGGAAUGAAUUCUGUUCCCUCCUUGAAUUGUUUAUUCCUCAUGCUUAGGAUUGAUGACUUCGUGAAAUAGAGAACAUCAUUUCAUUCAUGCGAUCCUUUCAUUAAGAUCUCUAAUCUGUUUUCAGUCUUUGCAAAAUAAGCCAGUUAUGAAAUAGGGCUUGAUUUGUUUAGACUAAAGGAUAUUUUUCCAAAAUAUACUACAGAAGCGCUGUAAUGUUUAUGAAAUUAAAAUGCCUUCCAGCCUGAAAAUGGGACGGCAGGAGUGGCACUGGCAGGUUGACACAGAUGCCUGCUUCCCUCCCUCCUCCCAGGCCCCGAGCACCCCCCCCCCCAGCCCAAGAACCCUGGGAGUGGUGACAGAGACUGGUAAGGCGGGGGGCGGUGGGGAAUGGGGGUGCAGAGGAGAGGCUGGUGGAGGUCAGAGGGCCCAGAGCCAGCUGCAGGGACACUCCCCGGCAGUGACCAGGUCUGGGAGGCCCUCCCCGGGGGAAGAGCACGAGCCGCCCUGCCGGACCCCAUGUCGUAAGCUAUUUGCUUUUCUCAUUAUUUCAAGCAGAAAUCAGUAAAUUCCGUAACGAUCCGUCUUUACUGAAAUGUAAGCUGCUGAGAGGCAACUGGUGACAGUCGAUCAAGUGUUUUCCCAGCCCUGUGGGAUCGCCUCCAGCGCUCUGUCCCCUAACCAGUGACCUCGGGACGCUUCCAAGUGGCUUCCACACACACUCAAACACUAAGAAGGCUUCGUACCACUCUUUUUAUGAGAGGCUACUUUGAAAUAAGGACUUUCUUUCCAGUUUGUUUCAUGUUAGCAGUGUGUACACUACUGUAUAGUAAUCAUUAGCUUUAUUAUCUUGUAAACCAGGCUCCUCUGAAGAGACUUUGGUGAGAUGAACGUGAGGUAAAAAUUUCAUUCGGCAAAAAGUGCAAUAUGUGUGGUACUUUAUUUUUUAUGGUCUUUUUUUAAUCCAGGGGUAUUAGUCUCUGCUUUGGGAAAAAUGCACUAAUUCUGCAAUUUCCAGUUGGGCAAGUGUGUCUCAGUAUUUACAUGCAACUGAUAGGCUGGUCCCUGUAAGGCAAAUAGAAUGUGUUAACAGCAGAAAGGUGUGUGUUCUGUUUUCAAGCCCCUGGGGAGCUACCUGACCCUGCACCUGACCCUGCACCGCCCUCCCAGUACCUCAGGAACAGAGAAGGGGGCAGAAGGUUCUCUACAGCUUCCCCUCUCCACUACCCUCUUAAAGACAAACAACUGGGGCCCACAGGAGAGGACGAGGGCAUGGCGCUGAGGGCUGCUGCUUCCAUACGAACAAAACCCCUUCCCUCCUGUAUCAGACUUUGCCUCCUCGGAAAGAGAAAGCUGCCUCGGAAAUAAAGACCUGCUGGGCGCAGCCCUCACAGCGCGCUGCUGGCACCACCGGGAGCAGCGAUGGAAUCCCUGCGCAGGGGGCUUACCUUGGCCGCAUCUGUACCCCUGAACCGGGCCGCCCCUACUGCCUCCUCGGGAGCCACCCGAGCCGCUCGCUCUCUGUGUGCCUAGACAUCAAAGGGACAAACUGGAGAACAGGUAGUGAGUUGGAGUCAUUGCAUAGGCAGGGGUCUGUGGUUGCUGUGCUGCUUCAGGACAUUUUUACAGAACUUCUCUUCAGAGUGGUGUGUGUGGAAGACAAGAGCAGUAGCCUCUGCCUCUGUUUCAACACUGGACAAAGACUCUUUAAACGUAUGUGUCCCACCUGCCCAGGAGCCCCAGGGGGGGUCACUGAUCACAGAGUGCCCCCCCACUCGGCCUGUGGUCCCAGGAGGUGGUAGGGUAAGCUCAGGUGGGUGUCCUGCCCGCAUCCCCUCUGGGACAGCAGCUUCAGGGUCACAGCCCCCUGCAGGGGAGGGGGGCAGCUGACAGCUCUGCCCCAAGUCAGCCUGCCCGUCUGCGAGGAACAACAACUCCUAGCUGGACCUUAAUUCACCAAACAAUUCCCAGGGAAUCUCUUCUAAGCCUCACGACAAUUCUGUGAAAUUAGCAGGACGCAUACAGUCCUCACUUUUCACAGUUGAGGACACCAGAGCUCGGGAAGUUCCGGUGAACUGCCAGGCCCGUGGGGGAGCCAGGACCAGCUCUGGGGCUUCCUGGCUUCUCCCUGGGCACUCCCUCCCCUCCUCAGUAGCACCUGACUCUUCACAGCCAACAGCUGUGUCAACAAAGCCCCCAUCUUAGUUAAGCACGGGGGUGGCAGUGGCUGUGACCCUGUCCCCACAAGCGUCUUCUCCCCUGGGCAGCUACCCCCAGGCGGCUGUGUGGGAGCAGCCUUAAGAGACACAGGCCCCACACACCGCCCUCCUUCCAGGGUCCAGUUAACUACAUAAGUUUAGGCUCACAUCAAAGACGUCUAGUUUCUCCUAGUCACACAACCUACCAAUUUCCUAGAGCAUAUGGUGGAAGGACACACACACCCUUCCCUGAUUGCAAGGGGGCCGAAAUGCAGGGCUCUGGCUCAGCACUGCAGCCCCACAGACCCAGCCCCACAGAAGGAGGCCCUCGGAGAAGAAUCGGGAAAGCGGCCUGGCCUGCAGGAGGGGUGUGCCAUCAAGGUCCAUCAAAUAGGAGAUUAGACACUUUUAGGGAUGAAACAAUUAAUACGCUUUGAAUACUUUGUCUUCUCAGAGGCACAGUGGGUGGGUAGAGGGGCGCUGUAAAAAUAGAAAUACAAAAGAGCAUCCUGGAAAAAGAAGGGCACAGACUGGAAUUCUGUCCCGAGCGAGGAGAGCGAACUCAGACCCACCGCUGGCUGUGCGGGGCCUAUCUGGUGCAAGAUCUGCUCAGUCCAGGAAAUCCAAGGAGAGGUGCCUUCCCACUACUCGUGGUGAAAGAAACCUGCCUCCACCAAAAUCUCUGGAGGGAAAAGCAGCAGAAAAGGUUUGCUUCUCUUGGGGACUGCGAUUUAAGAAAUAAAAGUGAUCAAGAUAUUUGCACUUUGUAGAAAGGGCAAGAUUCUUUGCUUAUUUCUGAAAGGGGGAGAGUGGUCUUUGCUGGAUGUUUGGUUUGUGAAAAGAGUUACUUUUGAUAAAAAUCUGUAGUUAUUUUUUUCUGUGUUUUUUAAAUUACUAAGAGAAAUUGGUGAGUUCAAUAGCUUUGGUAUUUUGAGUGCAAAUCAUAAUAGUUCCAAUGUGGAAAAAAAUCAAAAUGGACCCUGUCCCUCAAUGUUAGGAAAUUGCCUAAAAUGCAGUUUAAUAAAUGAUCUUUGUUAUCAAAUGGUAAUUUACACGGGGUAAUGUUCUGCGAGGAAAAUGUACUGUUUUUAUGUUUCCAACCUAAAAUUGAAUUAAAAUAAAAACAACUUGUUUUCUAAGA